AUGGUACUUGCCGUGACGAGCCUGGCCGUUGUACCAGCAAGUGCUGCCACGAGGCAGCACCACAGCAAGCCAUGCAAGUCCUGCAUAUACCGUCCGAAACGUAACCUAAAGGAUACCGAAAGGAGCAUCCGGAUAGUCGCAGACUUUGUGUUUCAAACGGAAGACAAUUUAAUCCCGCCACCCCAUCGGUUGGGGCGCGCGGGAGGGGAGGGGGGAGCGAGCGAGACGGAACACCCCGCCCGCGCCCUCUCUUUUUUUAAUGCGGACAAC